AUGCCCGCGCUGGCGGGGGAGCGGCGGGGGCUCCCCGCGAGCGGGGAACCGGCCCGGCGCCGCCAGGACCCCCCGGCCGCCGGCUCCCCGCAGCCCCCGCCGCCCCCCGGGCUCUCUAUGCUGGGGCAGGCGCUGCCCCCUCCCCGGGCCGAGCGGCGCGACCCCCGCGCCGGGCGAUGGCCCCAAACCUGCUCGGGCCGGGCCCAGGAGGUUCGAGGGCUGACGCUUUGCUCCCCAGGGGCUCUGGCUGGCACGGAGGGGGCUGCCUACCCCCCAAAAAUGGAAGAGUGGCCCAGCGUGAACAGGACGGGCUUCCCCGCCCCGGGCCAGGCGGUCAACGGGCUCGACAAGGCGACCAUGGAGGGGGACAUCAAAUACCCGCAGCCCGGCCCGGGGCUCUCCUCGAUGGGCACCUUCCUGCCGGCCUGUGCCUACCCCCCCUCCACCCAGCCCGGCGUCUACGGCGGCUCCCCCGGCGGCUACAUCGCCCCGGGCCCCCCCUGGCAGCCGCAGGGGACCCCCCUGGCCCACCACGGCCACGGCGUGACCGUCCACGGCGGAGACCUGGCCACGGCCAUGGCGUUCAAGCAGCCCGGGAGGGAAGUCGUGGACAGAAAACCCACCAGCCCCGUGGGGAAACCUCCAGACCCUCUAAAUGCCAUCCAUGGACUGUCUAUCCCAACCUCCUCGUCCUAG